AUGAAUUUCUUUAUCAGUGUUGUAUCAUGUCUUGUUAUGUUAACAAUCACGUAUUCAAUUCAUAGUCACCCAUUAGUUAUUUCUUCGAAUCAUAAUAAUCUAGUUUCAACUCAAAUUGAUAGACUCUGCUCUUAUAUAUCAUAUUUACAAAAAUAUUCAAUGGAUGCUAAAACAAUAAAAUCUGAAAUACCGAAACGUUUUGUUAUACCAUUUCCUGAUAUGAACAGAUUUUUAUCCACAAGUCAUAAGCUUCAUCAUCAUGAUUCGAAUUCAAAGACUGGAACUAAAUCAAACAACAAAAAACACGAUUUUCAUGCUUAUUUAUGCAGCAUUUCAAAAGAUUCUGAAGAAAUGUCAAAUUUUCUAAGUAUUUUUAUUGAAGAGCACGGUCAACCACCAGCUUUUAAUAUAUUUGAAUCAUGUGAACAAGUGGCUAAACGUGAUCAAUUAAAUUCGGAUAAUAACAAUAAUAAUAAUAAAAACAAUGAUCUAUCAUCAGUUGUUCGAUUCAAUGAAUUAUCAGAAUUCUGUUCUAAUCGAUCACGAACGCAAUUUACUAAACGAUGGAGACAUUCAGUCGAAGGACCAAUAUCAAUUGAUUUCAUUCAUCAAAUGCUUGAAUCUCGUAAAGUUAAAUCUUAUCCAUAUCCACCUGAAAUGGAUCCUUAUCUUGUUGGUAGAUAA